CCCAUAAAUGCCUCUCCACAGCUCCUUGAUCUUCGCCGUUGCUGUAACAUCACUCACAUCACCAACAAACUCAAUCUACCAAAGACCUCCUUGCCCUGGUCAGGCAAAUAUCCUAGUGUAGAUCACCAUCUCAUCCUGACUCCAACAAAGGCCCACUUCGCUCGGCCCUCGCUCCGAUCGAGCGCGCCGCAAAUUCUCCUUUCCCCGCCCGAUUGAGACGCUGCGUCCAACAUCAGUGUUACUCCUGCACGUGAUAUAUCCUGUGUAGUUCCGAAAAGUGGCUUCGAAACCAGCAGGGAGCUUCUACAGGAUCAAAGUGUUUGUCCCUUAGGACAAGGAUUCUAUGGUAGGGAUAGGCAGCCUUCGGUUGCUGCGCAUGAAGAGAAAACAGUGGUCUAGGCUCUCCUUUCCCUAGAUCCAACAGUGCCAUAGUUGAAGAUCAGGGGCCGCCAGGCUGUGUUGGAUAUUGGCAUGAUGCCAUGGCGUGGUGUGGUAAUACCGCAUUACUUCCGCCAUCGCGGAUAUUAGGCGGCGGAAAUUGCGAGGAGUGUGAAGAGAAUUCGUCACUUGCAUGAAGAACAAGCGCCUGGGAUUGUGAUAGUUGUUCCUGCGUAUAGCAGGUACAGAUACGACGGCGAUUGCCAUUGUCUUGGCCUCCGUUGCCGCUAUCGAUAUUGUUUCUAGCCGAUCGCGCUGAAGGCGGUAAUUCUAGGCGGCAAUUGCAUUUUUCUUUUCGAUUGCUGCUUUCACAUUUGAAUUUGAGAUCUCAGAGUUCAUGUGGAGUUUCAUUUUCAGGGACAGACGCGCAUCCCCACAGAAAAGGGACGAUAAAGGAUUUGGAUAAGGAUACAGAACAAUUUUACCUCCCAAGGUCACGCGUCAGGUCAUGUUCGCUUAUGUAAGCCGCAUCGACUGCCGCGAUGCAAACAACCACCAUCGUCGUCAUCGUCUAUAGGCUUCCCCUCGUGUUACUUCUUAUUACUACUAGAAUAUUCAGAGUACGCCCUCGUAGAUAUAGACUUCUACUAUAAAUCGCCCAUGAAAAGCAACUACUUUCUCUAGACCGGCACAGCUUUCUCGCUGUCUUCUCGCCGCAGCCAUGUUCGACCUCUUUGCCAUGCUCUUAUCGUCGAUCGCCACCUUCCUCUUCCCCGUGUUUGCCUCCUACAAAGCUCUCAACGCGGGUGACCCCGCCCUCCUCAAGCCAUGGCUAAUGUACUGGGUUGUCCUUGCCUGUGGCCUCCUCGCUGAAUCGUGGCUCUACUUCAUCCUAUACUGGAUCCCCUUCUACGCCUGGUUCCGCCUUUUCUUCCUCCUCUACCUCAUCGCCCCACAAACCCAAGGCGCACGCCUCCUCUAUGAAACCCGCCUACACCCCUUCCUGCGCACCCAUGAACUCGCCAUCGACGACUUCAUAACCACAACCCAUCACCGCCUCCGCACCUCCUUUUGGAUCUACCUCCGCCGCGCCUUCAACCUCGCCAAGUCGCAGCUCCUCGGCCUUCCAACCCAGCAAGAACCCCUUCCACCCCCACCCGCGCAGCGCUCCUACACCGCCUCCCUCCUCGAGCGCUUCAACCUUCCCAGCGCGCGCCCGGCAUUCGCAGCUGCGGCGGGGGGAGGUUGGUCCGCCGCCGAUAUAUCGGGACUGCUCGCCAACGCGGUGAGUGCCGCGACGUCAUCGUCCCCGUCGGUGCAGGCGACCAAUCUAGUACCGGAGUCCAUCCAGGGCCCCGAGCGCGCGUCCUUCAUAAGCGCCCAGCGCGAGCGCCUCAUGUUUCUGCUUUCGGCGCUGGAUCGCGAGGCAACGGCUUCCCCUUCUGAAGAGGCGGGGAGGGGGGUGCUCGGUGGGUUGCUUGGGGGAGAUGGGGAGGUGCCGCGGAGAGUGAGCGAGGCGGCGCUAAGUGAGCUUAGUAAGAGUAGGAGUGAAGGUGAUUUUGAGAAGAUUGAUCCGUUGGAGGGGAUUGGUGAGGCGGGUGCGGGUGGGAGGAGGGAGCCAGGAACUUGGAUACCAUGGGGGUGGGGAGGGAGCCCAGCAGCAGAGGGGGAGGCGAGAAGUUCAGGGGUUGAUAAGGGGGAUAAGGGGCUAUGAGUUAUGGGUGUCAUUUGUUUUGAGAAACGAGACUGAGGAGCUUUGGCUCCAGCAGUGUAAGAUGUUGCCAUCUAUUUGAUGGUUGACCGUGUGUUGGCCCAUCGGGUCGACAGAGUUGGCUUGUGUAGACGUUAGAGGUAGAGCUCGGGCUUGGAGACCUUCUGUAUGUGUGUUGGCGUUUUUAUGGUUUAUUGGCAUUGGGCAAGGACGGUCCGCACUAUCAUUAAGACUGCAUUGGUUGGGUUGGAUUGGAUUGGGGGGUUAAUGAAACUGUCUCUGUAUAUAUAAUGGAUCUAGGAAUCCAAGGCAGCCCGGUAUUGAAAUUCACCGUGUGCGCAAUCUAGAGUUUAUCUAUGCCGGGA